CCGGCGCCAGCGGGGGCGCGGGAUCCGUCCCGGCGCCUGCGCGCUGCAGAGGCGGCGGCGGUGGCAGCGGCCUGAAGAGCCCCGCGGGGAGAGCGGGCGGCGGCGGUGCUAGUUCUGGUGGUUCGGCGUGUCGCUGGGCGGCCGUGAUCGCGCGCCACGAUGCCUGCGGUGUCAAAGGGCGAUGGGAUGCGGGGCCUGGCGGUCUUCAUCUCCGAUAUCCGGAACUGCAAAAGCAAAGAAGCGGAGAUAAAGAGAAUAAAUAAAGAAUUAGCAAACAUUCGGUCAAAAUUUAAAGGGGAUAAGGCUCUGGAUGGUUACAGUAAGAAAAAAUAUGUCUGCAAACUGCUUUUCAUCUUUCUCCUGGGGCAUGACAUUGACUUUGGUCACAUGGAGGCUGUAAACCUGCUCAGUUCUAAUAGAUAUACAGAGAAACAAAUUGGAUAUCUCUUCAUCUCCGUACUAGUGAACUCUAACAGUGAGCUGAUUCGCCUAAUAAACAAUGCGAUCAAGAAUGAUCUGGCCAGCCGCAACCCCACCUUCAUGGGGCUUGCGCUGCACUGUAUUGCUAAUGUGGGUAGCCGGGAGAUGGCGGAAGCAUUUGCUGGAGAAAUUCCAAAAAUACUUGUAGCUGGAGAUACUAUGGAUAGUGUGAAGCAGAGCGCUGCCUUAUGCUUGCUGCGUUUAUAUAGAACUUCUCCUGACCUUGUCCCCAUGGGAGACUGGACAUCUAGAGUCGUACAUCUCCUCAAUGACCAGCACUUGGGUGUGGUUACUGCAGCUACAAGUCUGAUCACCACUUUGGCACAGAAGAACCCAGAAGAGUUUAAAACUUCAGUCUCCUUGGCAGUGUCUAGAUUAAGCAGAAUUGUAACUUCUGCAUCAACAGAUCUUCAGGACUAUACAUACUACUUUGUUCCUGCUCCUUGGUUAUCUGUGAAACUUCUGAGGCUGUUACAGUGCUAUCCACCUCCAGAAGACCCUGCGGUACGUGGUCGUCUAACAGAAUGCCUGGAAACUAUCCUUAACAAAGCACAGGAGCCACCAAAGUCAAAAAAAGUACAACACUCAAAUGCGAAGAAUGCUGUGCUGUUUGAGGCAAUAAGCUUAAUUAUACAUCAUGACAGUGAGCCAAAUCUACUAGUCCGUGCCUGUAACCAGCUAGGUCAGUUCUUGCAGCACCGAGAAACUAAUUUGCGUUACCUAGCACUGGAAAGCAUGUGCACGCUUGCCAGCUCUGAAUUCUCACAUGAGGCUGUGAAAACACACAUAGAAACAGUUAUCAAUGCAUUGAAGACUGAAAGAGAUGUAAGUGUACGACAAAGAGCUGUAGAUCUCCUGUAUGCAAUGUGUGACCGAAGCAAUGCCCAACAGAUUGUGGCUGAAAUGCUGAAUUAUCUGGAGACUGCUGAUUAUUCCAUUAGAGAAGAAAUUGUUCUGAAAGUUGCAAUUCUAGCUGAGAAGUAUGCAGUGGAUUAUACCUGGUAUGUGGAUACCAUCUUGAAUCUGAUUCGCAUUGCUGGUGACUAUGUCAGUGAAGAAGUGUGGUAUCGAGUUAUUCAGAUUGUCAUCAACAGAGAUGAUGUUCAAGGGUAUGCAGCAAAGACUGUUUUUGAGGCCCUUCAAGCUCCAGCAUGCCAUGAGAAUCUUGUAAAAGUAGGUGGCUACAUCUUGGGAGAAUUUGGUAAUCUGAUAGCAGGUGAUCCAAGAUCAAGUCCUCUCAUCCAGUUCAACUUGCUACAUUCCAAGUUUCAUCUGUGUAGUGUUCCUACCCGAGCUCUGCUCCUGUCUACCUACAUCAAGUUUGUGAACCUGUUUCCGGAAAUCAAAACUACAAUUCAAGAUGUACUACGUAGUGACAGUCAGCUAAAGAAUGCUGAUGUUGAGCUGCAGCAGAGAGCUGUUGAGUAUUUGAGGCUCAGUACUAUUGCCAGUACUGAUAUACUGGCUACCGUGCUGGAAGAAAUGCCUCCCUUUCCAGAGAGAGAAUCUUCUAUUUUGGCUAAACUCAAGAAGAAGAAAGGCCCAGGCACAGUUACUGAUCUGGAAGAAAUCAAAAAGGAGAGGAGCUCUGAUAUGAAUGGAAGUGCUGAACCUGCCUCUGUCAAUGCCAGUGCUGUUUCUACUCCUUCUCCAUCUGCGGAUCUGCUGGGUCUGGGUGCUGCCCCUCUCACCAAUUCAGCUCCCCCACCGUCUUCUAGUGGUAGCCUGCUGGUGGAUGUAUUUUCUGAUUCAGCUUCUGCAGUUGCACCUCUUGCUCCUGGUUCUGAUGACAACUUUGCGAGCCCUGACCUGGCUUCAUCUGAGGUAGUUUCUGAGGAACCAGCUGAUACUGUGCAUGAUGCUGAUGAGCUUUUUCACAAGUUUGUGUGUAAAAAUAAUGGAGUCUUAUUUGAAAAUCAGUUGCUACAAAUUGGAUUGAAAUCUGAAUUUCGACAGAACCUGGGACGUAUGUUCAUAUUCUAUGGUAAUAAGACGUCAACACAGUUCUUGAAUUUUACUCCAACAGUUAUCUGUUCAGAUGACUUGCAGUCAAGCCUGAAUCUUCAGACAAAACCUGUUGACCCCACAGUGGAUGGAGGUGCACAGGUUCAGCAGGUUGUGAACAUUGAAUGUGUGUCAGACUUUAUGGAAGCUCCAAUCCUGAACAUUCAAUUCAGGUAUGGUGGAACAUUUCAAAAUCUUUCAGUAAAAUUACCCAUCACACUGAAUAAAUUUUUCCAGCCAACAGAGAUGUCUUCUCAAGACUUUUUUCAGCGUUGGAAGCAGCUGAGCAAUCCGAAACAAGAAGUACAGAAUAUCUUUAAAGCAAAACACCCAAUGGAUGCAGAGAUCACAAAAGCAAAGAUAAUUGGCUUUGGAUCAGCCCUUCUUGAGGAGGUAGAUCCCAAUCCUGCUAACUUUGUUGGCGCUGGUAUCAUACAUACAAAAACUACUCAGAUUGGAUGCUUGCUGCGCCUUGAACCCAACCUCCAGGCACAGAUGUAUAGGCUCACACUACGAACAAGUAAAGAAGCUGUGUCUCAGAGAUUAUGUGAAUUGCUCUCAGAACAGUUUUAAUAUUAACCAUGUCAGUUUUGGUUUUUCCAUUUAUAUCACUGUCAUCAUACUGCAAAUAAAUGUCUUGUACAUCACUGUCUGAGUACUGCAAUGUUAACCAAUACCAGCUCCCUGCCUUAAUAGAAUUUGACCCUUUGUUUGAAAUUAAGACUGUAAAAUGUACAGUACAGGGAAGUGACUUUUGACAUAAAAAAUGGCUUUAGUCUGUUACACAAAGGGUGGUAUGGCUGUCUUGUGCUCCUUUUUUUUGCAGAGGUCAGGCUUUUAAACUUGUUAAAGGGAACUUGGUAUAGAUGUGGAAACUAAGGAUUUCAGCUAUGACUAGUAACAUUCUGCCUUGGUAGCUUGAACAGGUACUCCCUCUGCUCUGAGCUGGAAGAAACCAAUGUAAUGCUGCUCAGUAAUUCAGAUGUUACUGUACAGUCAAAAUGUUGUAAAGUUGAACAUUGCCACAAGUCCUGUACUGAAUGGAAGUGCAGAUUCCAGGAUGCGAGUCUGAUUCAAGGGAACAUUUAUGUUGAGUGUCACCAAUCUUUGUAUUUGACAAAUGCCACAGGACCAGAGAGUCUUAAAGUAUUAAUCUUGUAAUCCUUUACACCUUAAUGUUUUCUAUCUUUGGAAAGUGGAUUGACUAGAAAAGCUAUUAUUAAUCCUUGGGCUUAUCUCAAAUAAUGAGGUGAGCUUCUCUGGUAGGUGGUGCAUGAGUACAUGCUUGUUCAUUGUUGGUCAAACUGAAGUUAAAAACUGUUUUCUGUUUUCCAUCAGACUUAGCAAAAUAGUCCCAAUGAUAUGAUAUAAUUAACUACAGAGUCUGGUAUUAUAUAAAAGGAGAAGAGUGGAGAAAUGGGCCCUUGAAGGGUUAAGGCAUGAAAAUGUAUUUUCAACCAAUGUUUUUUUUCCCCCGGUGUACAGUAAUGUUAAAACUUGAGAGGUUGAAUAACUGGUAUCUGAACAGUUUCCUGUCUGUCAGUGGUGGCAAAAAUAUCUAGCAUGGCAUAGAAGACUUGUGUCGGGACCAAGGGUAGAAAGCCUGAAAAUGUUCAGCUUUUUUAGUGGUUUUUACAGACAAAACCUUUGUAAAUUGUUCCACAUCAGCAAACUCUUAGCAGCCUCUCUGCAGAAAUAAGCAGGCACAACUUUGGCUCACAGCUCUUCCAGCCUUGACAUGCAUAAAGGCUGCUAAAACAAAGCAGGUGAGGUGUAGUGCAGUAAACUGUUGGCAGUUGUCAGUGAAUACUACAGGUCACGGUGGUCCAAGUCAGCUGCUGUUGAUGUGAGAAUUGAACCUCAGAUCAAGAUUUCUUCAAGGUUGUUUAAAAGAAGCCUGGAAGUGGUUUAUCACAACACAUAUGGCCAAGUAUGCCCAUGAAAUAAAGGUUUUGAGUGAUAUAGUGAUGAUAUUGAAAAUACAUUUAAAUGAGGCUCCUAUCAUGCUGCCCGGUACACAGAAAGGGACAGUAUUCCUGCAUGAUUGAGUGUGCCUUGCUUUUUUUCUUCAGUGUUUUGAGUUAAAUGAUGGAACUGGGUGAUCAUAGUUUGGUUUGAGUGAAGGCUAGUGAUUGUACGUGAGUUCAAAUGAAGAAUGAGGAACAAAGGUUUGGCUGUGGUGUCUCGAUUUUGGGGGAUACAUGUUGGGUUUUUGUUGUUGUCUGUGUUGGUUGUUGGUUUGGUUGGUUUUUUUGCUUGCUUUUUUUUUCUUUUUCCCCUCCUAGAAAUGGCUGGUAGCUAUGGAUGUUAUGACUGAGAACUUGGCCAUAGACCUGGUCGUCUUGCUAAAGUUCUCUUGAACAGUUGGCCCUUUUAUGGCUUUGAGUAGGUAAUCAAGACUCUUCAAUCAAAAGCAUUGUCUUUGAAAAUCUUCAUGAGUAGAUCCUGCAGUCAGGUUGGGCAGUUGGCAAAAUGCUAAUGACUGCCUUAUGUUUUUUCCUCUGGAUGCCAUAUGUCUCUUCAUUAGUCCUGUUAUAUUAACCAUUCUGUUGGCUGCUAUGUUAAAAAUCUGAUGUGCUGAACUAAUGGGAGUCUUAGCAAAGACAGGGGAGGAGCUUCUAUCUCACUUUUUCCAAAUUUUGUUGUACUUCUGUCCCCCAUGAAAAUGUUCGGUGCCCUCGUUAAAGGACACCUUGAAGCACACUGCACUACUUCAGUUCACUUUGCUUUGUUUCAAGCUGUGCUAAAAUGUGCGUUAAGACUGUGGGAAGAAGGGGGUAAGGGAAAGUGUCUUUUCAAUGGUGACUGUGUUAAGCUUAUGACUGUUCACACUUGUAUUAAAUGUCAGCUUAAUGAAGCCAUGAGCAGAAAAGUGAACAAAUUAAGGACAAAUACUUUAUUUUUUUUGUGAAUGGUGGUUAACUUACCAAAGUGAUGUAUCCUGUCAAGCAGACAACGUAAUUUCUGCAGUAAACAGUGUUAUUGUUUUUAAGUGCAGUAUUUUCAGGCAUUGGCAUGUGAAAAUAACUGAAUAGCAAAACAGGUAGCAUAUAGUCAUUCUUGACCUACACUCCAGUAUGUAACAUUUAUGGUGAUUGUCUUAUUUGUAUAAAACAAAGUUCUGUCAAAUUAAGUGGAGAAUUUUCAUAUAGAAGACUAUAUAUUAGACUAUAUUCAUCAGAAGAACGUAUUAAGAUUAAAUAAAUGAUUAGAACAGUAAUCAAACUGUCCUUUUUUUGUCUGGGGGCAUGGAAGUGUAAAGAAUACUUGCAUGAAAUCGGUUGUUAUGGAACAACAAUUGAUGUGUAAUUGUAAAUUCUUUCUUGCAAACCACUAGUGGGUUCUCUUCAGUUGAGUCUUACCUGGCCUACAGAUCUCUGCUUCCCCCACUGAGUUUGUUUAUGGCUUUUUGUUGGUGUGUUUGGUUGUGUGUUACAAAUGCUCUGCUGUAAAUAAAAAAAAUCUUGAUGUAAAA